GUUGUACAACAUUUUCUAAGAAAAUGAAGAACAGAAAGCAACAUAUUCCAGAUGCUGAGAGCCAGGAGCAUGAAGAUACAGAAGGUGAAGAAAAUGAAGAAUGCUGUUCCUGUUCUACUGCUUUCAUAUCUGAUGAAGGUGACAAGUGCCCCAUCUGUCUGAACUGCCUUCUGGAACAAGAAAUUGGUUUUCCUGAGAACUGUAGCCAUACCUUCUGCAUGACUUGUAUUCUUAAAUGGGCUGAGACAAAGGCCUCGUGUCCUAUUGAUCGCAGACCAUUUCAAGCCAUAUGUAAGCUUGAUGCAUUAGAGAAUCAGAUAAAGGUUCAGGUAAAGAAGCAAUUAUGGGAGACAGAAGAGGAAAUCUGUGCCUGCAAUAAGGGAAAAUAUAGCCAUGCAAAGAUGAGAAGAUUUAUAAGAGGAGCUACAGCUCCAGAAAGAUGGCCUUUAGCAGCGAAAUUAAACACAGUUGUGAAGAAAAAAUACAGUAAAGGUUUGUGUGAUAAACGAAACAAGAAAGCUUUGUCUGUGAAGAUAAACAAGCCCAGAAGAGAGACCUGCUGGAGCGAGCGCCUCAGAACUGCUUUCUCCAGCACACCUCUAGCCAACGGGAGCAAGGAAGAAUCCUCUUUAAGCUGCAGAAAUGACAGUACAGAAUUCACAGAAAUCAAUACAGUGAUCAGACAGAAGAGACAAGAACUGGAGUUGUCCUGUCCAUCUGUGCUUGCUAGAGCUGAAAGAAUUCCUUUGAUAUCCUACGGAGCUGAAGCUGAGGCCAUUCUUCUUCCUUCUACCACAUUGCCAGGGACAAUUCUUCCAAGCAAUAUCAGGCCUUUGGAAAACUUUGAGUCUUUAGGCAAAGGAUAUGCUGUUGCAUGUACCCAAGAAGGAGAAGAGAAGCAGCAAACUUCUGGUUCCUCUGGCACUAGAGGAACUCGAAAGAAGGCUGUUAAUGCUGCUCCUAGGAGGAGAUCUGCACGGAACAGCAGAAAUGGGACUCUGGGUCAGUCUCAGAGCUCACCUCAGUCGAGCAAUUCUGGAUGCAGUGCCCCUGAUGGCAGGAAUACCUCUCUGGAUAAAUCGUCUUCAGAAUUGGAGAAAGCCCUUCCAAAACGGAAAUCUAAAAGAAUAGUUAAACAACAAACACCUCUGAUUAAAAAGAAACUGAGAAGAUCUGCACGUUCUGAAAAAUCUUCCAGUGAUUCAGUGGAAGAUGAUGACGUUGCUGAGUCUGAAGCAGCUCUGAUGCUUGAAAAAGACGACCUCUCAGGUAAUGAAAGCAACAGUACAAACCUCCCGCACGGAAAUAAUGUGGAAAUGGAAUCUGCUAAUGGAGUGGAAAGCUGUAGUGAACAUGCAGAAAUUGAGGAAGCCACAGGAAAACGUGGCAAGGAUGAAGAUACUUCAGAAAAUACAGAUGCAAGUUUGUCUGUCCAAGAACCUCCAAUACUAACGUUGGAAGAAGAAAGUCUGGAAUCUGAAAUAAAGGAUGUUACUGAAAAAAACAUAGUUAUUAAGGAUCAGGACAGCUGUGAAGAUACUCUUGAACAAAUGGAAGCAACGACUGUUCCCGGAGAUGAGUUACCUGAACGUAUGACAACAGUGGAAAAAGAUCAGGCAUUGACUAGUCCUCAGAAUGAAUUAUUGGCAAGUGUUGAAACUUUGACAAAAAUAGAUCUACCAAUAGUUAGUUCAAAAAAUGAAUUGUCAGAACAUCCAGAGCCUUUGGAGAAAAACUGCCCAUUAGAGAGCACCAGAGGAAAAUUGCAUGAGCCUCAAGAAGUCAUAGAAAUAGAUGGUUCUGAGACUGAGGGAAGGACAGUAGCAGACGCUGUAAGUACAGGUAUUCAAAACAUAAAAUCUGUCCAAGAUGAAGAAAUAAACACCAGUGCUUCGGACAGCACAUCAGAACAGUCCUUAAAAGAGAAGGCUGUGCCAGAAAGUGAAGAGGGUAGAACUUCAGAAGCACCCAAAAUAAAUAGUGAACAUAAGCAUUUUGGUGAAGAUAACAAUGAAAUGAUACCAAUGGAUUGUGACUCAUUCUGCAGUGACCAGAACGAACCUCAGGUUGAACAGCUACCACCAGCUGAGAGAAUACAUCAAGAAGAAGUGAAAUCAUUAGAAAAUGAUGCUGGAAACUCUACAUCAUUUUCAGGACUCUCUGAUGAAAAAGUUGAAAUGAUUGCUCAAGAGAAGGAGUGUCAAUCAGAACUUAAAAAAGAUAAAAAGACUCGAACUAGAAGAUCUAGAUUUCACUCUCCAUCAACAACUUGGUCUCCUUCUAGGGGAGAGGGCAGGAAAUCCCAAUCACCAUCCCCUAAAAGGGAGGUAACCAAAGAGAGGAGCCCUCGAUCGCCAAAGCAGGAAACUGUUAGGGAAGGAAGGAGGUCCUCGUCUCAGUCUCCAAAAAGAGAGACGUUCAAAGAUGAGAAGAAAACCCCAUCUCGAUCUCCCAAAAGAGAAACUGUCAGGGAAAGCAGAAGAUCAUCUUCUCGGUCAAGAGCUAAGGAUUCCCCUCCAAGGCAAAAAUCUAGGUCUCGAAGCAACGAUAGAGAUAGUCAAAGAAGAGAUCGCGACAGAGAAAGAAGAAAUAGGAGAUGGUCUAGGUCACGGUCACGGUCUAGGUCAAGAUCACGAUCUAGAACAAGAAAUAAAGGUUCUUCAUCGUCUAGGAAUGAGAGGGAUGGUCAUUCACCUCGAUGGAAAGAGAGGUGGACAAAUGACAGUUGGAGAAGUCCCAGAGGAUCAAAUGAUCGAUACAAAAGGAGUGAUCAGGAAAAACAGAAUGAGAAUGUUAAAGAGAAGGACGACGCAGAAAAACAUAAUGAUGAUCAGUGUUCUUCAGACAAACGCAGAAAUGAUUGUCCAGACUGGGUGAUGGAAAGGAUAAAUUCUGCUCCUGAGAUGAGGAACAGAGAGCGAGACAAACCGCAUUGGGAAGACUACCGGCAUGAGAACUCGGGACACUCUUGGAAUAAAAACUUCAACUCUGGCUGGAUUUCCAAUCGAGGAAGAGGUGGGCGUGGGAGAGGUGGGCGCGGAAGAGGUGGCUUUGUGUAUGGAGACCAGAGUGAAAAUCACUGGCAAAACAGAAAACCCCUCUCAGGGAACUCAAAUGGUUCUGGGAAUGAGACCUCGAGGCUGCCGGAGCACCAGCCGUACAGGCGCAAGAGCGAGCAGGAUUAUUCCUUUGAUUCGCCUGCUGACAGGUCUGGGUGGACAUCUGCCUCCAGCUGGGCUGUCAGAAAGACUUUACCUGCAGAUGUGCAGAAUUACUACUCAAGAAGAGGACGGAAUUCAUCAAGCCCACAGUCUGGAUGGGGGAUGAGACAAGAAGAGGAGACCCCUGAGCAAGAUCCAAACCUCAAAGACCAAGGCAACCAGCAAAGUGACGGGUCCCAGGUACCGCUGAACAUGAUGCAGCAGCAGGUGAACGUGGUGCCCCCGGUGAACGCGGUGCCUCCGGUGACCGCGCAGCACCAGCCCAUGAAUCUCUUCCCGUACCCCGUGGGUGUCCACCCGCCCCUGAUGAACAUGCAGCGCGGCCCCUUCAGCAUCCCCCCGCCGAUGCCUUUGCACCUGCACUCCGGAAUGCCCCUCCUGCAGGUGGCUGCUCCCACAAACCUGUCUCAGGGACUGCCCCCGCCGCCGCCGCCACCGCCGCCGUCUCAGCACGCCGCCUACGCGGGCCCGCAGCAGGAGGGGAAGCAGCUGCAGCAGCUGCUCAUAGGAGGAGUUGUUACAUCAGGGAAAGGAGUAUUGGCAACUUCCAGUGGGAGAGAUGGUCGUUCAAGGAGCCGCAAAACCGUGUUGGUGGGUGCAGAGUGUGAAGGGCUCAGCGGAGACGUCUGCUUCGUCCUGUUGCCUUUUGGCAAAAUGGGAACCUGCAUGCAUCUAAAAAUAACAAGUUUGUUCUUCCUUCAGAAAUUGUUGAUUCAAGAGAAAGCAGCUCAAGAGGUCAAGCUGGCUAUUAAACCUUUCUACCAAAAUAAAGACAUCACGAAGGAGGAAUAUAAAGAAAUUGUGCGGAAAGCUGUAGAUAAAGUUUGUCACAGCAAGAGUGGAGAAGUUAAUUCUGCAAAAGUGGCGAAUCUGGUGAAGGCCUAUGUAGACAAAUACAAACACUCGCGGAGGAGGAAUCCAGAAGAGGCAGUCGCCUGUGAAAGAAAAUAGAUCUUGUUCCUGGGUUUUAAUUUUAUUCUAUCUACGAAGUGCAAUUGCAACAUGAACAGUUAACUGAAAAUUGUACAUGACUGAUUUGAAUCAGGUUUUGAUAAAAUUAUUUUUCAAUGUAGUAUAUAAUGUUUUGUUCUAAAGAAAUAGAGAUCUUCAACUUCUUUAUUCAUUUUUAAAAGCAGAUGUCUAAAAAAGUAAAGGGCAUGAAGGAGGAGAGCGUUGUUAGGGAUGUACGAUUGUGUGGAUACUUAGAUGUACAGCGUUUUGACCUGAAUCAUGGAGUGCAUUAAAUUAGAAGCUUCUCUCUGAGUCUGUUGGUUUGGGAACAGGUAUGUACAGCACGUGUAAUCAAGUCAGAUUUAAAGUACUUUUUUUUCCUUUUGAUUUCUACCUAAUUAUAGCAAAGAUAAUGUAUUGCCUUGACGAAUAUUUCUAGUGUUAACUGGACAGGCUGAAUGCAGGGGUCACUGUGUAUAUAAAAA